AUGCGAAUCAGAACAAUAUCAGAAACAAUAGGAUCAGAGAUUCGUCACAAAUUUCGUUAUGUCUUCUGUUUUGAUGUGGAUCAGGAGUUUAAGGGCAGAUUUGGGUCUGAGGCACUGGGUGAUUCUGUGGCAUUGCUCCACACCCAAGAUUGUAGCGAUUUGAUCCAGUUCAAAAGCAUGAAGAACUAUUUUCCUAUGGACAAACCCUGGUUUACUCCUAAACUCAAAAAGCUGUGGCUGGAAAAGAGAAAGGCGUUCAGAAGCGGAGACAGGGACUGCUACAGAGAGGCCAAGUACAGGUUCACUAAAGAAGUGGACGUUGCUAAACACCAGCACUCUGAGAAGAUGCAGCAGCAGAUCUCAAAGAAUGACUCGGCCUCUGAUAAAAUAAAUAAUGUGGAAGCUCUGUGGCAUGAUGAGAGCCAUCUAAACAAGUACUUUUGGAUUCAUAAACCAAGCAGGCUGCUGUCUCCAGAGUACUGCUGGGACCAGAGCAUUUGGGACAAGCGUGAUAUACUUGUCACCCGUCUAGUGUGGGAACCAAAACAUUAUGACACACUUUGUAGUGGGUAG